CAACGAUAGUAAGCAGCCUGGCCUGUCAGGAUACUUUAUAUGUGGUGUUGGAUUUCGAUAAAUUUAUGCUGUUGUAUGUGUGCAGAAACAUUCUAAGGGGAGGGAUCCGGGAAAGAUAUUCCCUGUAAGGUGUUGGUUUUUCGUACGUAAGGACACAUGUAGUCGCGAGAAUCAUGUCGCCUUCGCGUCGUAGGGGAAACAACAGGAAAGGACUAAAAUGAUAGAGUAUCGUGUGGUUUCAUCGGCGGAAUUUUUCCAUGAGCACUUCUGUUUGAUUUUUCAUGUUUGCUGGUGGUAGUGUCUGUCAGUGGGGUGCAGCUCCAGAAAUAGGGGUGGGUGCUGGAUGGCUUUUUGGAAUAUUGCAUUUUGCACGAAUACCACUAGGCGGUGGUUGCAUAAGGAUGUACAGAGCAGGAAUAAAACAUGUCCACCCCACUUCGGAUCCCACUACCGCCUGCCCGUUUCCAUCAUUCAGAGCGAGAAAUUCUGCUCAAAAAAUUAUAGCCACUACUUUCCAUUAAAAAAAUUCAUUUGUGGUAGUACGAAGGGGCAGGAACACAGCCGAUUUGGGAGGGGCAGGAGGUAGGCUUGUUUAUAGUUUUUCUUCGCCUUUUUUCCGACGGAGAGGUUUUGCCGGGUUUUGCCCGCUUUCGUGCAUAGUAGGUAGGGUUUGUUUGGAUUUUUGUUGUUGUUUCUGUAUUGUCUUCCUGCUCCCGAUGUUUUUGGGUGAAUUUUUUCGGGACUGUUGAUUGUUUGACGACGAACGAAAUAUUCCUUUUAGGCUAGCGGUGGUGGUGUUUUUUCACUAUAUCAACAUCUACACGUUCUUGGUGUUAUUGCGUUCGCUAUUUGCUCCUGGAUGGAUAGGAAUGUCGUUUUCUUUGAGUGUGUGUCGUAGACGUUGUCGUUCAUUUGAUGACCAAGUUUUGUUGGAAAAAUGGGAAAAAUGAAAAACUUGUGUCAGCGGCAGCAGAUCGUCAUCAACAGGGGGCGAAGAUAAAUUCGGUAUGCUCAGUUCGAAUUGAGACUUUGUGGUAACAGUACGGGUCUGUAAGUUUUGACCACUCUGCAACCCAAACGUGUUUUUGAUUUUUUGAAUUGAUCGCCUGAUGUUAGAUACGAUACUUGCGUUCGAGGAUAGUGUGUUGACCAGGCUGUACGUAAAUAUAUACGCCUCUGACUAGACAAAAUGUGCGUGAAUUCAUUGAGUUGAUGUAUGAUAAUGAUGACUGAUUCGUUUAGAAAAAUUAAGGGAUUUGAUUUUUGUGCGCGCGCAACUAGUGAUGGAUAUGACAUCAAUCAUAAUUUCUACGGAUGUUGCAGUGAUGAUUUGACGACCGAAUCGGAUUUUUAUUUUUAGCUGCAAUCAGUGAUUGAACACCCAAUUAGUGGACGAGUCGCGACGGAUCUACUUGUUUUAAUUUAAAUCAGUUUAAAUCGUUCGAGGAGGGAACUCAUUUUGGACAAUUUUCAAGUGCGGGACUUCUAUCGAAAAUAUUGUGAAUAGUGAUAAUAAAUAAUAUUGAGUUUGCUUCCUAUCAAUUUCGUAUUAUUCUAAAUGCAUUUACCGGCCCCACUACCGCAACAAUCAACCGUAACCGAUCAAUGCCAAACGGAACUCGCCACUAUGCCCACCACAAUGACCGAUAUGCUGGCCAAUCUCCAUGAAAUGCUCCAGGAAUAUCAUGGGGAAUUGGUCCAAACAGGAUCACCAUCCAUUCUCUGCUCGGCACUACCCAACCAUUGGCGCAGUAAUAAAAGUCUUCCGGGCGCGUUUAAAGUGAUCGCCUUGGAUGACGUUCAAGAUGGCACAUUAGUGACGAUAAAAGCAGGUAAUGACGAGAAUUAUUGCGGGGAAUUAAGGAAUUACACGGCUGUUAUGAAAAAUCAAGUGGCGAAAUUUAAUGAUCUACGAUUCGUUGGACGUAGUGGUCGCGGCAAAUCGUUCUCGAUAACGAUAACUAUUGCAUCGUACCCUUCGCAGGUUACCACGUAUACGAAGGCGAUAAAAGUUACUGUGGAUGGACCGCGUGAACCACGAUCCAAACAAACUUAUGGAUACGGACAUCCCGGCUCAUUCAACCCGUUCAUGCUCGGCACAAAUUGGUUAGAUGCCGCCUACAUGUCCUACGCUUGGCCGGAUUACUUUCGGCAUCAAUCCAUUCAUCAUCCGGCUUUAUCAAAAGGAUCUCCAACUAUGCCAAAUGGUGCUCCUCCAAAUGUUCCACCGCAAUUAAACUCCGUGCCUGGUGCCGAAUUUCUUCCAAUUGCGACUGCCGCCGGUUCGCCACCUUCACUACCUCCAGGCAUGACAAACCCUCCGCUCAUUACAAGCCCACCUGGAUACCUACCACAGUUCCAAUUUGCCGCCGCGCAUCCCGAUCUUUUACCGAAAAACCCAUUCCUGCCCUACAAUUUAACGAGUCUACGAAUGCGCCACAACCUGCAGAAUAUUAACAACAACCACACAACGCUUCGAAAUGGUAACAACGAUCAUAUGAACCCUGGUCACCUGUCACCAGCUUCAUCAAGGCCUUCAUCGUCAAGUCCACCAUCGACCCACAGCAUAUCAGCGAAAAUGAAUACGUCUCUGGAUGCGGGAUCACCGCAAGGUCACACCUCAGAUGAUUCGGAUGAUGAACAAAUAGAUGUUGUGAAGUCCGCAUUCAUUCCAAUCCUUCGACCGAAAGUGGAUAGUUCUGCGAAACACUCUCCCAACGCGGCUGCAUUACCUGAAGAUACAACUAUCGAGAAAAUUAUGGAACACACUCCGCCUAGACAACGUUGUGAAUUGAAAGCGACAUCUGCGAUGAAAACCAUCCACCACGAUUCAUCUCGAUCAAGGAGUAGAUCUCCUAUGGAUACCAAGUUAAAGACGGCUGCAACAAACAAAACUGUGUGGCGACCCUACUGAAACACACAAGAGAUGUAUCUCAAACUGUUUCCAUAUUUGGUGCUUAACUUGACAGGUUCUAUAUUUGGCUGACAGAAUAGCAUCACUCUGCAGCAAUAAGAUCUUUCACGGGAACCACAACUCUUUCUAGGCAACGUCCAAUGAGCUGGGCCAAAUCUUACUGUGAUUUUGAUGGCGUAUUCUUCAAAUCGUUAAACUUGUGAUAGUCAUUAUAGGAAAUUCCAGUUCGCCGAAGGAUUUGAGCAGGCCCGGCCCGACGUUUCCAACACCAGAAAAGAGUUUAUCACUUAUCGUAUAGGAUCGUCGAAAUAGUCAGUUUCAUGGCUAAACGCCCUAGUCGACCAUUCACCUGUAAAUAUAUUCUGUAAAUUCUGUGCAUUUAAUUUAUAAGAAUGGCUUCACUUAUUUAUUACUUUUAGAACAAUUGAGAUUAGCCGCUGUACACUUUAACAAUAGGAAAUCAGUUCUUCUAUCUACUAUGUAAAUAUGAGUACAAAGUUUGAUUUCUUUUUUUAUAAAAAAACAAAUGUAGUGUAUAAAAUGUAAGUAGGAGUCUAGGAAUUUAAUAAUAAUGAAUAGAGAGUAUAUGAAAAAUGUUAAAAAUCAUACGGAUUACUAUAAAAACCAAAUUAUCUAUUAACUGAAUGCGAAUUAAAAAUUAUUCAAGUUAUAUUUUCUAUUGUACCUCCUGAGGGAAAAUAAGGAUCACACCAAACACCGAUCGAGAAAAUAUGUUUUCAUGUAAUUUUUAUCAAUUUGUUGUUUUAAAUCAAAUUCAAGAAUAGAGAAAUCAUUCAAUGGAAAA